GUCCCACCUCACCCCCCCACCCUCCCAGCCCCCAUGGCGGCGGUGGGUGCCCUGGCACUGGCCCGGUGGCCCCGUCUGGUGGCCGCCGGUCGCCCCCUGCACGUUGGGCCGCCGUCCUGGGCCGGCCACAACCGCUGGUCCAAGGUGAGGAACGUCAAGGGUCCGCGCGACGCUGCCCGCAGCCGCCUCUUCCAGCGCCUCGGCCUGAUGCUGCGCACCGCCGCCCGCGAGGGGGGCCCGGACCCGGCGCUCAACGCCCAGUUGGCCAACGUAGUGGAGCAGUGCCGGGCGAAGAACAUGCCCAAGGCCUCCAUCGAGGCGGCCAUCCGCGGUGCGGAGAGAUCGGUGGCGGCAUCCCGGCUGCUCUAUGAAGCCCGUGGCCCCGGUGGCUCAGCUCUUCUCCUGGAGGUCCUCACCGACAACCCCCGGCGGAGCCAGCAAGAUGUCCGGCUCAUCCUCACCCGCCACGGGGGAACGAUGGCUGAGGGGGCACGACAUGGCUUCGAGCAGAAAGGGGUGGUGCGCGUGGGGUCGCGGGACCUUCAGGGCCACCCCGUCUCUCUGGAGGCGGCGCUGGAGGCAGCGCUGGAGGCCGGGGCCCAGGACGUCUGCCCAGAUGAGGAGGAGGAGGAGGAGGAAGAGGAGGAGCCGGCGCUGAAGUUCAUCUGCGAGACCUCAGCCCUGCGGACCGUGCAAGAGCGUCUGGAGGCCUCGGGGCUGCGCCCACUCUCGGCCGCCAUCGAGUACUUGCCCCGGGACCGGGUGACGCUGCCGGAGGGGACGCGAGAGCAGGCGGAGCGCCUCCUCCAGGCCCUCGGCGACUGCCCCGACAUCGUCCGCCUCUACCACAACAUCCAAUAGGAGAUGG